GCUAGUGAGCUGUGCGCUCUCAAUCUCUGCGCCCCGACUGGGAAUUGAGCAUAAACAUGAAGGGCCCCGACAAGGAGUCUACGAAGAAUGAAGAUCAAGAGAGAGAAGCAGCGGCCACUGCGAGUCAGGCAGAGACCCUAGAGGCCAAGAAUUUCUGCACCGCAGAUUCACACGUUGCUCUGGAAGCAGAAGGCACCCAUGGGCUUGGAGAACAGGUCAUGGCUACCCUCUAUCUGGAGUCUUGCCAGGCCCAUAGUGUUGUGCCAGCUUCUCGUCUUCUGCGCCAAGGGAGUGCCUCUGAAUUGAGCCUUCGGCACCGUGGCCUGGGGCCCCAGGGUGUCCGGGCUCUGGCUUCCACGUUGACUUCUAAUCUCUACAUCAAGCGCCUGGAUCUUCGGGAUAAUGGGCUCUGCGGGGCUGGGGCAGAGGCUUUGGCCAAUGUCCUGUGUAAGAACAGCAUUAUCUCUGAUGUGGACCUGUCCGAGAACCAGAUUGGAGCUGCAGGGCUCCGGGCUCUCUGCACUGCCCUGGCCUUAAACCCCGCUGUGCAGAAGAUGCAACUGGGAGGGAAUGGGCUGGAGGAAAAGGCCGCCCAGCACCUCGCUUCUCUUCUGCUGCUCCACACGGGCCUGAGAUCCCUAGAUCUCAGCUAUAAUCAGCUCAACGACCUGGCAGGAGAGAUCCUUGGACCUGCCUUAGCAGAAAACACAGGACUCACAGAGCUUAACCUCAGUUGGAAUCACCUUCGAGGUCCAGGAGCCGUUGCAUUUGCCAAGGGCCUGGAGGCAAAUAUCUUCUUGAAAGUCCUAGAUAUCUCUCAUAAUGGCUUUGGAGACUCUGGAGCCUCUGCAAUAGGCGAGGCCCUCAAGGCCAACAACGUGUUGGAAGAACUGAACAUGAGAAACAACCGAAUCUCCAUGGCAGGGGCCCUGAGGUUGGGACUGGGACUGCAAGUCAACCAGACACUGCGGAUUCUUAUUAUUUCCAAGAAUCCCAUUCGAAGUGAAGGAUAUGUCAGUCUCCUGAAGUCCAUCCGGAACAACAGAUCAUCUGCCCUGGAACUGCUGGACCUCUCUGAUAUACAAGUGAACAGAGAGUGUGAUGACCUCGCUAACUCAGUGAACACAAUUCUUCCAGGACUUUGUAUAAAGAAUAACAUAUCCAGAAGAAAAGACUGGCCAUCAGCCUCCACACCUUCCCAGACAGCAUCUGCCCCAAGUGCCUCUGGUCUCAUCUCUAGUAUGCCACUGUAAUGUCCACACUGCUGCCCAUUCGAUAUACUAUGUGCUCUAUGGCAUCUGCCAUAUUCUGGGCUUCAUUUGCUAUGGCUCCUUCAUUCAACCAAAAAAACCUCCCAUGAAUAAUGUGGACGUAAGGACAAUGAUGUCGCUGUCAUCCAGGUGUUCCUGUUCUGGUGACCCUGUCAGACGAAAUAUAAGGAGAGAUGCCAAUGGAAUUCCCAAACUCUCGAGAAGGCAAACAGUCACAACCACUGGAAGGCAAGUUUCCAUUGCAUUCCAGACUGUCAAAUCACCAUGUGCUGCAGGCUAGUCCACUGACUAAUCUGCUCUACAGACAUAGUCAGAGCUGCACAGAAAGCCUGUGCUGACCGCCCAGGUGUGUGACUCAGCAAGCAGAGUGUGUGCCUAGCAUACAGAAAACCCUGGGUUUGAUUCCGCAGCACCAUAGAAAGAAGCACAGUUAUGCAUGCCUAUGAUUUGAGCACUUCAGAAGUGUAGGCAGGAGAAACAGAAAUUCAAGGCCAUCCUCCACAACAUAGUUGAGUUUGAGGCCAGCCUGACAUAAGACCCUGUCUCAAAAAAGAAAAAUAAAAAAGAUGUUUAUAGAGAUGGUGGCACUAAGCUUUAUCAAAAUUCUUUACUAUAUUUACUAAAACCCUUCAAUCAUCAAAAUCCUAUUUUAACUGACACUAUUAUUAUAUAACAUUAUUGCUUCAGUUAAGCAAUACCACUUAUGAGGAAAUCAUCUUCAUAAUAAUCCACAGGUUAAAAACACCCAGUAGAAUGGGCUUUCUCCAAGAGAUGGUUAUACUGCAUUAAGGGCAGUGGGGUCUGUCUCCCCAUGCCCAUCCACACCAUGUCAGAUACCAGAGAAAAAUGGCAGCAGUAAACACACAAAGACAGAGCAAUAGCAAGAAGCAUUCUGGAGCUGCAAGUCCAAGGGUCUUCUUGCCUAUCCAGGAUUCACUGAUCAAAGUUUUGUUUUCUAGUGGGUCGAUCCCCUGAAGUCCAUUGCCAUCUGCUGCUCCGACAUGGCCACUGGCACGUGGGUGUAAUUUGGCAGAAUCAUUACGUGGAAAGGCAAAUCCAUAAUCAGAAUAAGUAUCUACUUCAGUAAGGACAAAGCAUUGCCUUCCCACAGAGGAAGUGGCCCAGUGUAGUCAGCCUGCCACCAGAUUGCUGGCUGGUCACCCUGGGAAGGUGCCAGGUUAGGGACUGUGUUGAUCUCUGGCAGAUGGGCACCCAGCCGCAGCUGCAGUCAGAUUAGUCUUGCUGAGUGGGAGUCCAUGUCCUCAGACCAUGCAUAAAUCCCAUCUCUGAUACCAUGAUCCCCUUUGGGGGCCAAAUGGUCAAUGGCAGAGAUGUUGGGGAAAGAGACUGACUGUCCACAGCAUGAGUCAUCCUACUCAAUUACUGAACUUCUCAGCUGAAGUCACCUUUGAUAAGUGUUUACAUGGGACACAAGUAUCUUCACAUCCUUCACCCUUUUAGAGAGAUCUAUUUACACACUUCUUCUCCAAAAAUCUUUCUUACCAAUUUUCCAGUCAUGCCUUUUCCAAGUCCCUGACCAUCCAGGCAAUCCAUUGCCUACAGCCUGUGAACAAUCACACAUCUGGUCAUUUCUCCUUCCAACCAAAAUGUAUGACCAUGUGUACUGCCUGAAGUUCUGCCCACAGUGAAGAUGUGUGGCCUUAAGGUUGUCCCAGAAAGGGGUUAUAAUGCUGCAGCUGUCCACUUCUGGUUGGUGCCUGCAUAGCACGCAGAACUAUCAGUGAACCAGGCCCUAGUCUUCUUUUUCUGUCAACUAACCAUAGGGUUACAUGAGGCUGCAGGUGCAUGCUGGAAGCAGACAGCAUUGUAGCUGGCGUAGAAAACAUAGGCAUUUGGGCAACUUCUUCAUGCAACUUCCUUGUGUCUUCAGGACCUGCCUGGGCCUGAUCACAUCUAUAUCACUUCAGUUUGCUUGCCAUAGAGUGCUGCUGUACAUGUCCUCCUUUAUGGCUUGAUGGGUCAGAUGAUACCCAGAUCACAAUGAGCAGCUCAGGUUGCAUGGUAACUUGGUGACCCAUUGUCAAAGGUUCAGUUUCCACUAAGGCCCAAUAGCAGGACAAGAACUGAUGGGGAACCUCCUUCAGCCAAUGGCCUUUGAGAGGCUGGGCCAGGUUGGACAUGGCCUUGGGUAUCAAAAAGGUCUGUGCUCCUGCACACCCACACCCAUGCUCUCUCUCUACUCUCUCAUCUGGAUGCUGGAUUCGGUUCUGGUCCCCCUUUUGUGCAGAGGACUGUGAGUCCCCCUAAAUAAAGAACCCCUUGUUAUACUUGUUAUACUUAAUUCUGAGUUAGUGUGGAAUUAAUUUAUUCACGUUCUCCUAUGUCUGGUCCCCAACGUGGGGCUGACCAAUUUACCCUGAAAUGCACAGAAGUGUGGCCAGGUAUACAAGGGAGUACGUGAGGAACCCCGCAAGAAAACUGCACCACAGGUGGAGAGGUGACUAAUGAGCACUCGGAAAUAAACAGAAGAUAAUAAAAAAGGAAAGAGAAAGGUGGGGAAAAAAUUAGGAGUAAAACUGUAAACGGUUGUAAAUAUGGGACAAGGAAAGAGCAUUCAACUAUUGGUACAGUUGCUUGGAUGUAUUUUGAUAGCUAGAGGAGCUAAAGUGGAGCAGAAACAAAGGCAAAGAUAUUUAGAGUUUGUAAAUAUUAUAUUCCCGCCCCUGCGCUGGCGGUAUAUCUGCUGCCGCCUUCAGGCUGCUCUGGGUCUUGGGGAGAUCAAAGUGAGGGCUCACCUUAGCCUCUGCAAGUGGUGGCACUGUGAUCAACGUCACAGCCUCUACUGCUGCUGAUCGGGUGGGAAGAGGAAAGGGAAUGUGGCGUUUGGCCUAGGUUACCACUGAGAUUGUGGUAGUCCACACACACACACACACACACACGCUGUAGCCAACUGAGUCUGACCCACACUGUGUGGUGGAGCCAGGAAAGGCAGGAGACAAUGAAAGUUUAAAGGGAGUAUGUAUAUCCCACAGUCAGUGCCCAGAGCUGGUGACUAAAAAUACCUAGAGGCUAAUUGACCCAUGAGCCAAGUAGCCUAUAUGGAUAAAUACAUGGCUUUUAACAGAAGAGAGAAUUCAGAAAAUCUCCUAAUCUUGUGAUUACAAGAUGUAAAAUAAAAAAACAAGGAUAGUAAAAAUCGGCGUGGCUUGUGGUGCCAGGCUGCAGUCUCAGAGCCGCCACAAUGGCAGACACCUGUACUUAAAACAUUUUGUAUAUUGAUACAAUUUUAGGAUAUGUUUAUCAUAUUGCACUAUACAUUUCUGGUAAAGAUAGUUAUACAUUGUUUACAUUUUAAGGUAAUUGUCCUCAUUUGCUGCAUAGUUGUUUAAAGAUUGUUUAAUAUCUAAUAUAAAAUCUUAGUCUUUAAGCUAUACAGGUAUUAAGUAUUAUAGGUCAAUAGUCAUCCAUGUUUGCCAUACUUAUAGUUAGACUAAUCAGGCUCUUUAGAUGCAUAGCGAUUAUAUUCUGUAUAGAUAGGUAAUCUUCAACCACUUCAAAGAACUGUAGAAUAUGGCUUAGGGUUCUGUCAAUGUGCAACACAAUGCUCCUGGCAGCACCAAUCUAUUCCCCAGAGAAUGUUGAGUAAUGAAGACACUCCACUUGGAGCUUGUUUUCUUCCUGGCACAACUGGUCUUUGGGCAAGGGACUGCUCAUACCUCAACCACUGACAAAAUGCACAGUGUCCUAAUUGGACAAGCAGGAUACAAGAAAAAAGACUGCCAAACCUUGCUAAAACAGAGUGAGACGGUUUUGAAAUUUUUCCUGCCUCUGAAAAUGGUCUGUCAGUUAAUCUAGGCCUUAGCCAAAGUUGGUUGCUACAAUGUUACAAAUGAGACUUUGGGUGAUUGCCCAGGUAGCCAGUUGUCUCUGUCAUUUAUUGUACAUUUUGGAAGCUGCUUGCUUGCACUUCCUACCUAUUCAAGUGAUAUUAUCUUCCUUCUCAGGUCUUUGAUGGGGUUAAAGACUAGAUAGUCAUAGUUACUUUCUUCUUAUGACUUUGCCAAGCCAAUUCCAAUACAAGACUUAGACUCCUUAGGAUAGAAUAAUUAUUGAAACAUUUAGCGUAUGUUUCUUAAUUGUUUAUGCUGGUUGUAAUUCUAAUUUUUAUACUUGAUAUCUGUUCUUAUUGUAUAUAGUUUUGUAUAUACUCUUAUUUAGACAAAGGGGUUUGGAACUCUUUUUUUUUAAUAUUUAUUUAUUAUGUAUAGAAUAUUCUGUGUAUAUGCCUACAGGCCAGAAGAGGGCACCAGACCUCAUUACAGAUGGUUGUAAGCCACCAUGUGGUUGCUGGGAAUUGAACUCAGGACCUCUGGCAUAGCAGGCCAUGCUCUUAACCACUGAGCCAUCUCUCCAGCCCUGGAACUCUUAUUUAGACAAAGGGGAAGGUUAUGGGGAACCUCCUUCAGCCAAUGGUCUUUGAGAGGUUGGAUCAGGUUGGGUCUGGUCUUGGGUAUCAAAAAGGUACGUGCUCAUGCGCCCACUCUCUCUCUGCUCUCUCGCCUGGAUGCUAGAUUCAGUUCCUGUUCCCUGUUUGUGGGGAAGACUGUGAUC